AUGCGUAACUGUGAUUUUAACAUUGAAGAAGGCUACAUGUUGCAUGCUCAACGAGGUGCUGCUACCCUUCUGUCACUGAUCAGGCAGAAUGUUGCUCCAGGAACAACUAUAGUGUCUGAUCAGUGGGCUGCAUAUAGUACCAUCAAGGACAUGCCAGAGGGGUACCAGCAUGAAGCUGUCAACUAUAGUCUCCACUUUAUGCAUCCUGAGACCGGUGUUUACACAAACAGCAUUGAGCAUCUAUGGCAGAAAUUUAAGGAAGGAGGAGAAGCAUCUCGGGAACCUAGCGUUAGCGAAGGCAAGUAUAAAAGCCUUGAGGGUGAAGCAAGGAAAAAGAUGGCGAUAUUUAUUAAAGUCAGCACGAAAGGACUUCAUGAUGAGUUGGCUGGGUUAUGGAAGCAAAGUUUAAGCAAGCACGAAGAAACGGAGAAGACUAGGAAACAGUUGCUAAAGUUUGAGGAGGCAACUGAUUGGCUCACUAGGAACAUUUGA